AUGUUUCGUCUAGACGGCUGCCUGAUGGGACGGUGGAGCCACCGAGACUUUUUGCGCGGUCGUACAAAACUCGGUGGUUCCGUUCACACCCGACACACGCAUGGCUCCCGCGGUCGCUACAAGCGGUUGAGCAGCAUGUAUGGUCUUAGGGAUGGCCGGCGCCAUGCGUGGAAUCAUAUGCACGGUGGGCUUGGUUUGAAGGCGGGAGGCGGGUUAUUUGGCCUCCGUAUCCCGCGGCAACAUGCGCUUUCUACUCUGUCGAAGGAGGAGUACGAUAUCGCGCUGCACGGGCAUCCCAACAUUACAAACCCAUAUAGGUUGUACAUGGAUGAACAUCCUGAUUUGGAGAGUGUAAUGCGUAAUGCCUGCUUGAAGGUGCAACUGGUAUUGCUAAUGCCCCGUGUACGGCGCACAGCUUUGCAAACCAAUUCUCUGCCACCUUCAUGGGAAGGCCUGCUGCGGCAUGUGGGAGAGGCAUUGCAGGGUGAAAUGAAGUUCUUAGGUCAAAGUAGAGGCGUCACAACUCACUUUACUACGAUGUCCGCGUCGGCUACCUGCUCAUGUUCUGCAAGUGAUGCGCUUCGCGCUGCCGCUGUUUCCCUGUUUGAGGAUCAUGUUAGAGGGACCAAGUUGAAGGUGCAAGGGAGUAAUUUGCUGCGUAGGGACGCUAAGGGGAGGUGCAGCAGAUUCUUUGGUUCUGCGUUAUCCAACCCUUGUAUCCCCCUUUCCUUGUCAGCCCCAGCGUUAAAGGCGACGGCAUUACCCUCUUCCACACCACCGCAACUUCGGUCCGGUAUCGGCGCGGCCAAAACCGAAGUGGCGCCCUCAGUGUUUAAACUAUCGGAAUACCAUAUGGACUCUACAACACCUACCAAGAACUCCGACACCGCUGCCACUACUGUCACCACUAAGAGCGCGUAUCACCUCACUCAGCGUGGUGCCCAACAACUCCUUUUGGACUUGCGGCAUGAUAAUCCGGGUGCUCUCUGCAUGUGCCUUCGCUUAGGUGAGAUUAUACACAAUGGCGAGGACCUUCAUGAGUGUGUUGGACAACAAAACGGUGGGGAACCCAAACGUAAACUGUUGCGAGAGGACCUUGAUCCUGAUGAAGUUGGUGUUUGGAAGCACCCUGCGACCUCAGUGGAUGCGUUAAUGCGCUGGCAGUACCUCAAUUGGGACCCACGGGGACACUGUGCGGAUGUGUUGCCCCACGAUAAGCGUGUCCAGACAGUUUGCAUAUUUGUUGACGCUUCACGGGCGCGCUGCUACGGCGAGUUACCAUCGACUGAUACAAGUGAUGGUGCACAGCAAAGGGUGUCGCGUUCACUGAUGACUGAACAAUUCUCCGAAAAGUUGUUAGAGAUGGAUUACAAGUGUGUGGAGAGCAAUGAUCUUGUUGGGGCAUUGGCAGGUUUGAAGCGCUGGUCGGUGGAUUAUCAGUGGCGAGCUGUUGACUCUCGGAUGCGAGCAGCGUGCUAG